AUGGAUCAUCCAGGGAAGCAACACAAGACGAAGGUGGAGAUCUACAUAGAGUGGUUUGACGAAACAAGUUCCAGCAUCAGCAUACCAGCAGGAAAAUACUCCACCAACUAUAAGUAUAAAGCGGAGACAGAAGCUCUCCAACAGGCAGUCAGGGUGCUCGGAAACAGUGAGUGUGAGGCCACACACAACGCGAAAGUGAUACCUUUGACUGACGCAAAAUCAGUCCUACAAUCCAUGGAGAACAACAAGAGUACUGAACUCAAUGCCCUAACAAGAGCUAUCAUGGCACAAAACUCUUCAGCCUGCAGAGUUGUUUUGCAAUGGAUUCCUGGGCACGUCGACAUAUUUGGAAACGAAUGUGCCGGCGAACUGGCGAGGAAAAGAGAACAAAUGGAACAAACCCCUCCCAGCCCCAACUACCAGAAGGCUAAAACACUCAUCAAGCCAGCAAUUCAUGCUCAAUGGAACGAAGCGCACCGACAACACAGAAGAAAGGACCCAAUUUACCAGCUCCCAAGAGCAGACCAAGUGAUAAUCCUCAGACUCAGAACAGGACACAACAGGUUGAAGCAUUGUAUGUUCUCCCGAUUCAAGACCGGUGAUGGACCCAACUGUCCCUACUAA